AUGGUUCUCUGCGUUAUUCCUGGCUGUGGGAAUAGAACUGGUCGAGAUCAAGGAGUGGGAUUUUAUCGUAUACCAGCAGUCGUUACUACUAAAGGAGAAUUUGAGGAAAAGCUAACUGCAGAGAGGAGAAAAGAGUGGAUCAAAGCGAUUAGUCGCGGCGAUACGGAGGAAAAGCAAGUUCUUGAAAGCGAACGUGUGUGUGGCAAACAUUUUGUCAGUGGAAAGCCAGCUCCUUAUUGGAAUAGGUACCAUGACGAUUGGAUACCGACUCUAAAUCUCGGAAAGAAGAAAUAUGGCCCUGAAGUCGAUGUUAAAGCCAAUGCACAGAGGACCGAGAGGGCAAAGAAGCGAGAACAACUUGCAAUCGCCCGCCAAGAACGCGAAGUGGCAGACAAGCGGCAAAAGCUUAAUGAAAGCAGCCUUCCUGUUGCUGAGAUUGACUUUGGCGAGCCAAGCACUUCGACCAAGGAAAUUCAAAAUGAAGGGACCGAAGGAUCUAGCGAUGAAACAUUUUCUGUGACUCAAACCGAAGAGCUUUGCGAAGGAGAAGAAAUCGCACCGGAAGUAGGUGUAAAGGACGCCGAAUGCCAAAUUAACCCUGACACAAAGGAGGGAUGGUGCCAAACCGUGGAGUUUGAGUAUAUGUUUCAGAAAAACAAGUACCAAGCACCAGGUAAAGAUUUCUUUGAUUCGGAUGAUAAAGUCCGUUUUUACACUGGCCUCCCUUCAAUGGAAGUGCUGAUGGUUGUCUUCGAUCAUGUGUCCCCAUAUGUAACUCGACAAACACAGUCGCUGGAUCGAUUUCAAGAGUUUAUGAUUGUACUCAUGAAACUAAGAUUAAAUGCACCGCUACAGGAUCUUGCCUACCGAUUUUCUGUGUCAGUGUCCACCAUUUCAAGAGUAUUUUAUCAUUGGAUUGUGGUGAUGGAUUCGAGAUUAUUUCGCUUUGUUUACUGGCCAAACAGAGACCAACUUUGGAAGACCACGCCCCAGUGCUUUCAGUAUGCAUUUGGGAAGAAAACCACCGUGAUCAUUGAUUGCUUUGAGGUAUUCAUUGAAAAGCCUUCCAACUUGCUGGCCAGGGCACAGACUUUCUCAAGUUACAAACAUCACAAUACCAUCAAGGUUCUAGUAGGGAUAACUCCACAGGGAACUAUCUCUUUUGUUUCAGAAGGCUGGGGAGGUCGUGUCUCAGAUAAGUUUUUAACUGAGAACUGUGGUUUUCUGGAAAAGCUUAUCCCAGGGGACAUGGUUAUGGCAGAUAGAGGAUUCACCAUCACUGAAUCUGUUGGAUUUAGGCAAGCAAAGCUUGUAAUCCCAGCUUUCACAAGGGGAAAGGCUCAGCUAGACCCAGUGGAUGUAGAGGAGACAAGAGGCAUAGCCAACGUUAGAAUCCACGUGGAACGUGUUAUUGGACUACUAAGACGAAAGUAUACCAUUUUGGAAGGAACUCUGCCAACUGACUUUCUGAUUUGUAAUCAUGAAAACUCUGACCGUCAUAUUCCAUUAGUGGAUCACAUGAUAAGAGUUUGUGCUGCUCUUGUUAACUUUUGUCCUCCAAUUGUUCCAUUUGAUUGA